UUCACUGUUCCAGUGAGAGGAUCUGAAGGGCUGUAUAUGGUGAAUGGACCGCCUAGCUUCACAGAGAGCUCCACGUUUCAAAGGGACUCUGGGAGAAACUGCAAGGCUAUUGCUUUCAGCAAGGAUGGCUCCCUCUUUGCCUGGUGCAAUGGAGAAAAAGUCAAUAUUGUUAAUGUCACCAGCGCCGAGUUCCUGCGUUCCUUUGAUCUUCCAAAGGCAGUUUGCCUUGAAUUCUCGCCAAAGAAUAGUGUUCUGGCAACAUGGCAGACCUACUCAAAUGCUAAAGAUGGCAGAGGUGGGCAGCCCAACCUACAACUUCAUGACGUGAAAACUGGAAAAUGUUUAAAAUCUUUCAUCCAGAAAAAGAUGCAGAACUGGUGUCCUUGUUGGGCAGAUGAUGAAAGCAUUUGUGCCAGGAAUGUAAACAAUGAAAUGCACUUCUUUGAAAACAACAACUUUAAUACUGUUGCAAAUAAGCUGCAUUUGCAAAAGGUUACUGAUUUUGUGCUAUCUCCGGGACCACAGCCAACCAAGGUGGCUGUGUAUGUGCCAGGCUGUAAAGGCGCGCCGUCGUUCAUCAGGCUCUAUCAGUACCCCAACUUCGGUGGCCCUCAGUCUGCGCUGGCCAAUAAGAGUUUCUUCAAAGCUGACAAAGUGACGAUGCUGUGGAACAAAAAAGCCACUGCUGUGCUAGUAGUAGCUAGUACAGAAGUUGAUAAAACAGGUGCUUCAUACUACGGAGAGCAAACUCUUCACUACAUUGCAACAAAUGGAGAAAGCGUGAUCGUACAAUUGCCAAAAAAUGGUCCUAUUUAUGAUGUUGUUUGGAACCCCAAUUCUGUCGAGUUUUGUGCUGUGUAUGGUUUUAUGCCUGCCAAAGCAACAGUUUUUAAUCUGAAAUGUGACCCUGUGUUUGAUUUUGGAACCGGUCCUCGCAACGCUGCCUACUACAGCCCCCACGGACACAUCCUGGUGCUGGCAGGAUUUGGAAAUCUCAGGGGACAGAUGGAAGUGUGGGACGUUAAAAAUUACAAACUCAUUUCCAAGCCGAUAGCCUCGGACUCCACGUACCUGGCUUGGUGUCCAGACGGGGAGCACAUUGUCACCGCCACGUGAGACGGGGAGCACAUCGUCACCGCCACGUGCGCGCCCCGGCUGCGCAUCGGCAACGGCUACAAGAUCUGGCACUACACGGGCUCGCUGCUGCACCAGCAUGAGGUGCCAUGGAGCGAGGAGAUAUGGCUGGUGUCCUGGCAGCCCUGCCCCGACGGCGCCUUCCCUGCCAAGGCCGUGCAGUACCAGGCGGUGCCCAGCGACCUGCCCAGCGCUGAGCCAAAGCCCGCCCAGGCUUACAGACCCCCAGCCCUGAGGAACAAACCCGUCACGAGUUCCAAGCUCCACGAGGAUGAGCCACCACAGAACAUGAAACCACAGUUGGGAAGCAGUGAUAAGCCACUCUCUAAAACAGCUCUCAAAAAUCAAAGGAAACACGAAGCGAAGAAAGCUGCUAAGCAGGAGGCCAGAGCUGAUGCGAACCAGGAAUCUACAGAAUCCUCAGCAUCACAGAACACACCACGGAGCGCUGUGCCUGCCGUUACGUCAGGAGAUCCUGAAGUUGACAAGAAGAUAAAGAAUUUAAAAAAGAAACUGAAGGCAAUUGAGCAGCUAAAAGAACAAGCAGCUGCUGGCAAACGGCUCGAGAAAAAUCAGCUGGAGAAGAUUCAGAAAGAAACUGCUCUUCUGCAGGAACUGGAAGACCUGGAGCUGGGCCUUUAA